AAUGAAAAACAACAGGCUUGUGGAAUUGCUCAACUCAUUACUUUCAAAAAUACCCAAAUUUGAAGAUGUAUUUGACGAGAAGAGCUUCUAUCGCCUUGUUUAUCUUGUAAUUGCAGCUUCAAUUCUUUUUGUUUUUCUAAUGGUUAAGGUAUUCAAAGUCCGAGUUCGUGAAUAUCCCUUCAAUUUACCCGAACGUGCAGGGUGGCGCGAUUGGAAACCAGCAAAUCCUUUCCAUUUCCCAUGGCAGCAACAAAAGGCUAGAAAACGGCAUUCAAAAGGAAGAAGACGAAUUCGAAGUGAUGAAUAG